AUGCUCGCGCGGCUCGUCGCGUUCGUCGUCGCGUUUCCCGAGCGGCCGCAGCAGCCUCAAGUGGUUCAGCUCUUUCGCAAGCCUCAGAUAUCGACUGGUCGGCUGGAAAUUGUGGAGGAAGGCCUCGACGUCUUGCGAGCGCAGACUGCGCCAUUUGCUAUUGUCGCAGCUGCUGGGCCUACUCGCACAGGAAAGAGCUCGAUACUCGACCACGCUUUCAUUCGUGGCCGCUCGGGAAAGGGCUCCAUUUUCGACGUGGGUGAUGGGGUCGUCUCGCACACGACUGGCAUUUGGAUGACGCGCGAGCCCAUGCGUGUCGGCGAGCUCAACAUCUUCAUCAUUGAUACCGAGGGCUUUGGGGGCAUCGGCUCCUUCACAAGCCGGACGUACGAAGCCAAUCUCUUCGGUCCAAUCCGGACGGUGCUCGGCUCUGUUGCGCCGGCAGUCACCUCUAAGCGAUGCUCGGUAGGCAUUACGUACAUGCUCUCCUCGGUCGUCAUCUACAAUACGAUGUAUCCGAUCGACGCGAACGCCGUGAAGCAACUCGAAGGGUCUGCGUAG